CUCAACCCCAAUCACUUUGCCACCCUAAUUUAUCUCAUCAUCUUACAGAACACAAAGAUAGAGAGACAGAAAGUUUGUUACGUUACAACCUCACAAUUGCAUCAACGUUUCGUAUAAGAGAAGACACAAAUUUCGCUGGUUCCUCCUUUGUCUGAGGAUCUUGGAGAGGAGGAAACAACAAACCAAACAAAAACAAACAAAAAAACAAAAAAGAAUGUCUUUCACAGGAACUACUGAUAAAUGCAAUGUUUGCGAUAAGCCAGUCUAUGUGAUGGACAUGUUGUCCAUUGAAGGAAUGCCUUACCACAAGUCUUGCUUCAGAUGCACCCAUUGCAAUGGCACCCUUCAGAUGAGCAACUAUUCAUCCAUGGACGGAGUCUUGUACUGCAAGACUCAUUUUGAGCAACUCUUCAAGGAAUCUGGCAAUUUUAGCAAAAAUUUCCAACCAGGAAAAACAGAGAAGCCGGAGCACGCUAAGACUCCAAGCAAGUUAUCUUCAAUCUUCUGUGGAACACAAGACAAGUGUGCUGCUUGUGAGAAAACUGUUUACCCUCUUGAAAAGGUGCAAAUGGAAGGAGAAUGCUUCCACAAGACAUGUUUCAGGUGCGCUCACGGUGGCUGCACGCUGACUCAUUCCUCAUACGCCUCCCUAGACGGCGUCCUCUAUUGCCGGCAUCACUUUAACCAACUCUUCCUCGAGAAAGGCAACUAUGCUCACGUCCUCCAAGCAGCCAACCACCGUCGCACCGCCUCAGGCAACUCUCUUCCUCCGGAGCCAACCGAAGAGGUCGCCGUCGAAGCUAAUAAGGAAGAGAACGACGUUUGACAGUCUUGAAAAAAUAUCGUCCGGUGAGUUGGUUGUGAGAGAUUUGAAUGAAUAUGUUGCAUCAAAAUAUUUGAUAUCAU